AUGUAUGAGGGGAAGAAGACGAAGAACAUGUUCCUGACCCGGGCCCUGGAGAAGAUUUUGGCCGACAAGGAAGUGAAGAAGGCGCAUCACUCCCAGCUGCGCAAAGCGUGCGAGGUGGCGUUAGAGGAAAUAAAAGCGGAAACUGAAAAGCAGAGUCCUCCUCAUGGAGAAGCAAGAGCUGGAUCAAGCACCCUUCCACCAGUGAAAUCAAAGACAAAUUUUAUCGAAGCAGACAAGUAUUUCCUCCCCUUUGAAUUGGCAUGCCAGUCCAAAUGUCCUCGCAUAGUCAGUACAUCUCUAGAUUGUUUACAGAAACUUAUUGCUUAUGGGCACUUGACUGGCAAUGCUCCAGAUAGUACAACACCAGGCAAAAAAUUAAUUGAUAGAAUUAUUGAAACAAUUUGUGGCUGUUUCCAAGGUCCUCAAACAGAUGAAGGAGUUCAGUUACAAAUAAUAAAGGCUUUACUAACUGCAGUAACAUCUCAACACAUAGAAAUUCAUGAAGGAACUGUACUGCAAGCUGUGAGAACAUGUUACAAUAUAUACCUAGCAAGCAAAAAUCUCAUCAAUCAGACAACAGCCAAAGCCACUCUUACUCAGAUGUUAAAUGUUAUCUUUGCACGCAUGGAAAACCAAGCAUUGCAGGAAGCCAAACAAAUGGAAAAAGAAAGGCAUCGACAGCACCACCAUCUGUUGCAGUCUCCAGUAAGCCAUCAUGAGCCUGAAUCACCUCAACUCAGAUACUUGCCACCUCAGACUGUUGAUCACAUAUCCCAAGAACAUGAAGGGGACCUUGAUCCCCAGACAAAUGAUGUGGAUAAAAGCCUUCAGGAUGAUACAGAGCCCGAAAAUGGAUCUGAUAUUUCCAGUGCAGAAAAUGAGCAGACCGAAGCUGAUCAGGCAACUGCAGCUGAAACAUUGUCUAAAAAUGAUAUAUUAUAUGAUGGAGAAAACCAUGACUGUGAGGAAAAGCCACAAGACAUUGUACAGAGCAUUGUAGAAGAAAUGGUGAACAUCGUUGUUGGAGAUAUGGGAGAAAGGACUACCAUAAAUGUAAGUGCAGAUGGCAACAAUGGAACCGUAGAGGAUGGUAGCGACAGUGAAAAUAUUCAAGCAAACGGAAUUCCAGGAACACCAAUUUCUGUUGCUUAUACACCGUCCUUACCUGAUGACAGAUUGUCUGUCUCUUCCAAUGAUACUCAGGAAUCUGGAAAUUCUUCAGGACCUUCACCUGGUGCUAAGUUUUCCCACAUUUUACAAAAGGAUGCCUUUCUAGUAUUCAGGUCAUUGUGUAAACUGUCAAUGAAACCACUAUCGGAUGGACCACCGGAUCCAAAGUCUCAUGAAUUACGAUCCAAGAUUCUUUCACUGCAGUUACUUCUAUCCAUUCUGCAGAACGCAGGACCUAUUUUCAGGACAAAUGAGAUGUUUAUUAAUGCUAUAAAGCAGUAUCUGUGUGUUGCACUCUCAAAAAAUGGAGUUUCAUCUGUCCCAGAGGUUUUUGAGCUUUCUCUUUCCAUAUUUCUUACUUUGUUAUCAAACUUCAAGACACAUCUGAAGAUGCAGAUUGAGGUGUUCUUUAAAGAAAUUUUCCUAUAUAUUUUGGAGACCUCUACCAGCUCAUUUGACCACAAAUGGAUGGUUAUUCAGACAUUAACAAGGAUUUGUGCAGAUGCUCAGAGCGUAGUGGAUAUAUAUGUAAACUAUGAUUGUGACUUAAAUGCAGCAAACAUAUUUGAACGGCUAGUAAAUGAUCUGUCAAAAAUUGCCCAAGGACGAGGCAGUCAAGAACUUGGUAUGAGUAAUGUUCAGGAGCUGAGCCUAAGGAAAAAAGGUUUAGAAUGCUUAGUGUCAAUUUUGAAGUGCAUGGUUGAAUGGAGCAAGGAUCAGUACGUGAAUCCCAACUCACAGACGACUCUUGGUCAGGAAAAACCCUCAGAGCAAGAGACGAGUGAAAUAAAACACCCAGAGACAAUAAACAGAUAUGGAAGUUUAAAUUCCCUGGAGUCAACGUCGUCAUCAGGAAUAGGCAGCUACAGCACACAGAUGUCUGGCACUGAUAAUCCGGAGCAGUUCGAAGUCCUCAAGCAGCAGAAAGAAAUAAUAGAGCAGGGGAUAGACUUAUUUACUAAGAAACCAAAGAGAGGAAUCCAGUACCUCCAAGAGCAAGGGAUGCUUGGGACCACCCCUGAAGAUAUUGCCCAGUUCUUACACCAAGAGGAAAGAUUAGACUCAACUCAAGUGGGUGAAUUCCUGGGAGAUAAUGAUAAAUUUAACAAAGAAGUCAUGUAUGCUUAUGUGGACCAACAUGACUUCUCAGGAAAAGAUUUUGUUUCAGCCCUUCGUAUGUUUCUGGAAGGAUUCCGUCUUCCAGGGGAAGCUCAGAAAAUUGAUCGGUUGAUGGAAAAAUUUGCUGCAAGAUAUCUAGAAUGCAACCAAGGACAAACCCUUUUUGCUAGUGCGGAUACUGCUUAUGUUUUGGCUUAUUCAAUUAUCAUGCUGACCACAGAUCUCCACAGUCCACAGGUUAAAAAUAAAAUGACCAAGGAACAGUACAUUAAGAUGAAUAGAGGCAUCAAUGACAGUAAAGAUCUCCCUGAAGAGUAUCUGUCAGCCAUCUAUAAUGAAAUAGCUGGAAAAAAGAUAUCGAUGAAAGAAACAAAGGAGUUGACAAUCCCUGCAAAGUCAAGUAAACAGAAUGUAGCCAGUGAAAAACAAAGAAGACUCCUAUAUAACUUAGAGAUGGAACAGAUGGCCAAGACUGCUAAAGCGCUCAUGGAGGCUGUGAGCCACGUCCAGGCACCUUUCACAAGCGCCACACAUUUGGAGCAUGUGAGACCCAUGUUUAAGUUGGCUUGGACCCCUUUUUUGGCUGCAUUCAGUGUGGGUCUACAAGACUGUGACGAUACUGAAGUAGCCUCUCUUUGCCUGGAAGGUAUAAGAUGUGCAAUCAGAAUUGCAUGCAUUUUCAGCAUUCAGCUGGAAAGAGAUGCAUACGUCCAGGCGCUGGCAAGAUUUACCUUACUCACAGUGAGUUCUGGGAUUACUGAAAUGAAGCAGAAGAACAUUGACACAAUCAAAACGCUUAUCACAGUGGCUCAUACAGAUGGAAAUUACUUAGGAAAUUCAUGGCAUGAGAUUCUGAAGUGCAUCAGUCAGCUGGAGCUUGCUCAACUUAUAGGAACUGGAGUGAAGCCUCGGUACAUUUCUGGAACAGUACGAGGCAGAGAAGGAUCACUUACUGGAGCGAAAGAUCAGGCUCCUGAUGAAUUUGUGGGACUAGGGCUAGUUGGAGGAAAUGUGGACUGGAAGCAGAUAGCAAGUAUUCAGGAAUCCAUUGGAGAAACCAGUUCUCAAAGUGUUGUCGUUGCUGUGGAUAGAAUAUUCACAGGGUCCACAAGGUUAGAUGGAAAUGCCAUUGUGGAUUUUGUCCGUUGGCUCUGUGCUGUAUCUAUGGAUGAAUUACUUUCCACUACGCAUCCAAGAAUGUUUAGUCUGCAAAAAAUAGUAGAAAUAUCAUAUUACAACAUGGGAAGAAUAAGAUUGCAGUGGUCUCGAAUUUGGGAAGUUAUUGGAGAUCAUUUUAAUAAGGUUGGCUGUAAUCCUAAUGAAGAUGUAGCUAUUUUUGCAGUAGACUCCCUGAGGCAGCUGUCAAUGAAGUUCUUAGAGAAAGGGGAGCUUGCUAAUUUCAGAUUCCAGAAGGAUUUCUUAAGACCUUUUGAACAUAUAAUGAAACGGAACAGGUCUCCAACAAUUCGCGAUAUGGUUGUACGGUGUAUAGCACAGAUGGUUAACUCUCAAGCUGCUAACAUUCGGUCUGGAUGGAAGAACAUCUUCUCUGUAUUUCAUCUUGCUGCGUCGGAUCAAGAUGAAAGCAUAGUUGAGCUUGCAUUCCAGACAACGGGACAUAUUGUCACCCUUGUGUUUGAAAAACACUUUCCAGCGACCAUUGAUUCUUUCCAGGAUGCAGUGAAAUGUUUGUCUGAAUUUGCGUGCAAUGCAGCUUUCCCAGAUACAAGUAUGGAAGCAAUUCGACUUAUUCGCCAUUGUGCAAAAUAUGUGUCUGAUAGACCUCAGGCUUUCAAGGAGUACACAAGUGAUGACAUGAACGUGGCACCUGAAGACAGAGUGUGGGUGAGAGGCUGGUUCCCAAUUCUCUUCGAGUUAUCAUGUAUCAUCAACAGAUGCAAAUUAGAUGUAAGAACCAGGGGUUUAACAGUAAUGUUUGAAAUAAUGAAAACUUAUGGCCACACUUAUGAAAAACACUGGUGGCAGGAUUUAUUUAGAAUUGUUUUCAGAAUCUUUGAUAACAUGAAAUUGCCAGAACAGCAGACAGAGAAAGCUGAGUGGAUGACAACAACAUGUAAUCAUGCACUCUAUGCGAUCUGUGACGUGUUCACCCAGUAUUUAGAAGUACUCAGUGAUGUCCUUUUGGAUGACAUUUUUGCCCAGCUCUACUGGUGUGUGCAGCAAGACAAUGAGCAGUUGGCACGAUCUGGUACAAACUGCUUAGAGAAUGUUGUUAUUCUGAAUGGUGAAAAAUUUACACUAGAAAUCUGGGAUAAAACCUGCAACUGCACACUGGACAUCUUCAAAACCACAAUCCCACAUGCGCUGUUGACCUGGCGUCCCAUUUCUGGAGAAACUGCUCCCUCAACCCCAUCUCCUGUGAGUGAAAACCAGUCGGAUACAAUAUCACAGAAAUCUGUAGAUAUUCAUGAUUCUAUUCAACCAAGAUCUGCAGAUAAUAGACAGCAAGCUCCAUUGGCUUCUGUCUCGACUGUGAAUGAAGAAAUCAGCAAAAUUAAACCCACAGCAAAAUUUCCAGAACAAAAAUUGUUUGCUGCCCUGUUGAUUAAAUGUGUUGUGCAGCUGGAACUCAUCCAGACUAUCGACAACAUCGUGUUCUUCCCCGCCACAAGUAGGAAGGAGGACGCGGAAAACUUAGCCGCGGCGCAGAGAGACGCUGUGGACUUUGAUGUUCGAGUGGACACUCAAGACCAAGGAAUGUAUCGCUUUUUAACAUCACAACAACUCUUCAAGCUACUGGACUGCUUGUUAGAGUCACACAGAUUUGCAAAAGCUUUCAACUCCAACAACGAACAGAGGACGGCUCUGUGGAAGGCGGGCUUCAAGGGCAAGUCCAAGCCCAACCUUCUGAAGCAGGAGACCAGCAGCCUGGCCUGCGGGCUGCGCAUACUCUUCCGGAUGUACACGGACGAGAGCCGGGCCAGCGCCUGGGAGGAGGUCCAGCAGAGGCUCCUAAAUGUCUGCAGCGAAGCACUCAGUUACUUUCUUACUCUGACGUCAGAAAGUCAUCGGGAAGCCUGGACUAACUUACUGCUCUUAUUUCUAACUAAAGUCCUGAAGAUCAGCGAUAACAGGUUUAAAGCUCAUGCAUCAUUCUACUACCCUCUCUUAUGUGAAAUUAUGCAAUUUGACUUGAUUCCUGAACUUCGUGCUGUUCUUAGAAGAUUUUUUCUGAGAAUUGGAGUAGUUUUUCAGAUAUCUCAACCACCUGAACAGGAACUUGGAAUAAACAAGCAAUGA